UUUCUGUCGCUCCUCCUUCAGAGAGGCAGUAACCAGCUCGUCAUCCUCGUUUGUUUGCUCAACAGCAUUUUUUUUUUUCCCCCUUUGCUGCUGAGCUCUGUGUGUCACACUUUGAGUUUUGGAGUUUGUUCGUCUCAUUCUGCUGCAGGAAAACCUGUCUGCCUUUCGGAAAUAUUUGCUCACUUCGAAGUCAAACCGGUUUACCCCUUUUAGAGGGAACUUUGAGGGGUGAACCCGAAGAGGAAACACAAGAAAUCAGGAGUUGAAAGAAGAAAGAAAGCAGAGAAGCCAGGAGGAGGAAAAGAGGUCGAAGUAACUAUGGACGUGCCUGGUAUGCAGAGUACCCAGAUUGAUCCAGAAGAGCUGUUCACUAAACUGGACCGAAUUGGCAAGGGAUCAUUUGGAGAGGUGUUCAAAGGUAUCGAUAAUCGCACCCAAACCGUUGUUGCCAUCAAGACCAUAGACCUGGAGGAGGCAGAAGAUGAGAUUGAAGACAUCCAGCAGGAGAUCACGGUGCUCAGUCAGUGCGACAGCCCGUACAUCACGAAGUACUUCGGCUCCUACCUGAAGGGCAGUAAACUGUGGAUCAUCAUGGAGUAUCUCGGUGGAGGUUCAGCACUGGACUUGCUGAAGGCCGGUCCGUUUGAUGAGGCUCAGAUUGCCACCAUGCUGAAGGAGAUCCUGAAGGGGCUCGACUAUCUUCACUCAGAGAAGAAGAUCCACAGAGACAUCAAAGCUGCCAACGUCCUGCUGUCCGAGCACGGCGAGGUAAAGCUGGCCGACUUCGGAGUGGCCGGUCAGCUGACCGACACGCAGAUCAAGAGGGAAACCUUUGUGGGAACGCCCUUCUGGAUGGCGCCCGAGGUCAUCCAGCAGUCAGCGUACGACUCAAAGGCGGACAUUUGGUCGCUGGGCAUCACUGCCAUCGAGCUCGCCAAAGGAGAACCUCCGAACUCCGACAUGCAUCCGAUGAGAGUGCUCUUCCACAUUCCAAAAUCUCCUCCUCCUAUCCUGACAGGGGAUUUCUCAAAGAGCUUCAAAGAGUUUACAGAGGCCUGCCUCAACAAGGACCCCAGCUUUCGUCCCACAGCCAAGGAGCUUCUUAAACACAAGUUCAUUGUCAAACACUGCAAGAAAACGUCCUACCUCAGCGAACUGAUUGACAGGUACAGGCGAAGGAGGGAGGCGGGACACAGCGACAGCAGCUCCGACGACUCAGACAGUGAAUCGAGUAAUAAAGAGAACAAUGAGUCUCCUGAGUGGUCUUUCACCACGGUCCGUAAGAAGAAGCCAGAAGGCAGGAAGGUUCUCAAUGGAACGAGCCAGGACCAGCUGAGUAAAUCUUCUAGUUUGUCCACACUCAUCUCUCCAAUCUUCUCUGAGUUGAAGCUACAGCACAAGGAGCACUCUGAGCAGCGACAGGCUAUUGAAGAGCUGGAGAGAAACAUUCAGGUGGCUGAAAAAGUGUGUCCAGGCAUCACAGACAGGAUGGUCACGCACAUCGUUGCAAGAUAUACAACAAACUGAUCAACAGAUGGACGGUUGGACGGAUUAACAAAAGGAAGUUACUAAGAGACUGUCUCCCUUUACGGUGACGCUGCUGGAUGAUAAAAAUGGAGGAGAUUUGCGGUGCGAUGUCUCCUCCCUGUACACACACGUCUCACACACUAAUAAUGUAAUAUAUACACUGUUUUAUAUAUUUACUGCUCCUGGUUGAGGACAUUUUCCCCCCUUCCAGUUUAAUUUGAAAUAAAGAUGUUUUUGUUUAGUUUUUUUUAUAUUAAUGUGCAGAUCAUUGAGAAAAAAAAAACAUCACGUGCCUUACAAUUGUUAUCUAUAAAAUUUCUAGUGUAAACUUUCACUUUUUUUCAUUGAUUUCAGUUUCAACAAAACUCCUAAAAAUACAAUACAGAAGUAAGUUCUUGUCCAUCAGCAGUAAUAGCCUCUGUUUUUAUUUGUAUGACUUGCUUUAAGUUUGUAUAUGUCUGUAUGUUUGUUUAGUAGCAGUUGAGAUGGAUUUUAUGCCAAUAAAACAUUUGUUUUGAGUUCUCAGUAAUGCUGUUUAAUUACAGUUUCCUAAACUAAAGUUCAGCCAACGUCAGAAUAACCAAUUGUUAUUAACCGCAUUUUUCACAAUCAAGAUCAAAAUGUUACGGUUUAAAUUAGCCUUUGUCAUUGGAGCUGUCCUAAACAUUCAAUGACAAAAACCUGUAACAUAAUUGUAUGAAUUUUGAUAUCUGUGAAUUUAAUGCCCACCUUUUCCCAAGAAGAGUCUAUUUUAAAAACUUAUCAGGUUUAUAAAAUCCAAUAAUUUUUGGGAAGUAACAGAAACCAGCUGAGCUAGGCAGCUAGCAGCAUGCUAGCUAGCUAAUAUGCCUCUCAAGCUAAACAUUAAAUCCGCUAAUGUAGACAAAGUAAAAAGGAUUGGUAUUUGAUUCCAAAACAAUAUUAUUUCAUUAUACUUGGCCAGUUGGAUCCUAUCGUUUACAAUAGAACUGUCCAAAAAAGGAAGAAAAAGAACUUAAAGAAAAAUACAUAAAAGAAACAAAGCUAGUUCUGCAACAGAUUUUUGAGACAAAUUUAUGUCCAGGGUUUUCCACGGGCAGUCAUACUGGAAAAGAAAUCAGGGUUACAAAGUAACUAGUUGUUUUUGGGAGCCAAAGGAAACUAGCCAAGCUAGGCAGCUAGUGGCUUGCUAAACAGUUUGCUAGGUAGCUAAAUUUACCUCUUAAGUUAACUAGCAAAUGUAUUACUGUAAAUGAAAUAAAAGUGUCUAGGUACAAAUCAAUUUUUUUGUUAUUAUUGUUUUGCUUUUCGUGUGUUUGCUUUGGGUUGUGAAAUAAUUAUUUUACUGUCAAACUUUCUUUGUUUUUCGUUAAUCAGGAAGUUGUCCAGAAAGGCAUGUUUUCCAUAGUCAUGGAUAGUCAGACUUUCAGUAUGGACAGUUUGGAUAGAAAUGUUGCUAGAAAAUUAUAUUUUUAAGAAACAGUUCAUGUUAGAUGUUUUAAUUUUUAUUUUACUUAAGAGAGUGAUGGGAGCUGUAAUUAAACACAUUACUGAAGGUUUGUCCCAAAGACACUAUAAAACUUGGUCUCUGUAAAUUUAUAUAUAUAUAUAUAUAUAUAUAUAUAUCAGAAGGGAUUUAACAACGCUGGUUAAAGGGGGAAUUGUAAAAUUGCAGAUGUAAGAUUUUACAGUAACAUAGUUUUUUUUGUAGCAGGACUUUAGCGUUUUAAAUAAAUAUUUAAGUUUGAUUGAAAAA